CCCCAGACUCUCUAGGGGUAGGUGAUUGAAAAUAUCUCCAAAAUAGUUCAUUUCCUGGAUGACGUAUGGCUGCUGCUCUGAUAAAGUUUGAAUGUUACCGAGAGGGUCAUAAUCAAAAUCUUCCUCACUGAAAUGUGCAGAAAUUUGUCAUUCUCGAAGUUUGUCCUAAUCUACGUCCGUGUUCAUGCAUGGGCAUGUUUGAGAUGCUAUUUGAAGAAUUUGCUAUGCCGCAUGCUCAAGAAACUGUAAUACUUUGGCUUUAUUAUUGCCAAAUCCACCCUCCUGUUGGGAGUCACCGCAGCCUCCACAGAUUGAAGCUUGGUUUUGUAAUCUGUCAUCAUAAAAGACAGACUGAACAAUUUGUCUUGUGAAUUGGGCCUUUAACAUUUUUACUGCCGUCACAUUUAGCCCCGACUGAUUUGUCUGGACCAACGGGGCUCCAAAUGCAUGGGGAGGGAGUGUAGGAAGGGGUAGUAAGAAUGUUACCAUGGUAACUCCUCACCAUCCUGCUCUCUCUUAGUGUCGUCAUGGAAUUAAUAGGAGAUGGUGAUGCUGAUAGUUGCUAUGCACCAUCUGUAUUAGCAAUCUACCUUUAACAGCGGUUUCUAACAGACUGAUUAAACAGUAAAACAGUCCUUUCUGUGUUUAUUCUGGUAUUUUUACAUACAGUGCUUUCUUAAGCUCUUCCUGAUUGGCAGAAUUUAUUUCAGCUUCGACAAAGCUACCACAAAAUUGGAUGCCUUUUCUACUUUUUUUUUUAAAACCUAAUUUGCCUUUGACUCACUGUGUACAAGUUCACACAGUAAUAUUCCUAUACUCCAAUCAUCUUGGGAGAAUAAAUCCUACACUGGAUACACUAAUAAUUAAGAUAAUGUGAGCAUACUUACUGUAUCAUGAUUAAUUACAGUAAAUUUAAUAACAGUGGUUAUUCUUCCUACAAAUUACCAGAAGGAAAUUGACUGAUAAAGUAAGUCAGCUUAGUGAAACAAGGCGUCAGGCUAAUUUAACAUAUUGUUUGCUUAGUGGACCAGCAGGAAGAGCGUUAAUGUCAGAGAUAUAACUCAGAUAAAUGGACGCUUUCUGUUUCUCUCCCUCUCCGUCUUGUCUCUGAGGCUGGCAGAGGCGUGUGGGCGGCCAUACCAGCUGGGAUCAGAGGGAUGGAGAGCGCUGUCAGCUCACUCUGCCUCUAAUAAAUUUAUAACACCUCCUAGUGUAAAACAGCCCAAGAUGCUUAGACGGUUUUAUUUUCAUGCUAUUAGUAGAAUUUGAAAGUCAGCAAUUAUUGUUUUAUGGCCAUCUGGCUUUUACAUAGUAUUUCUAUGUUGGUCAUCUGUUAUUUGUGGAGUUUUAUUAUUUAUUAGUAACACUGCAACUUGUGAAUUUUUCUGAUUCUCGGUGAGUGUGACAGUCACUUUGUGUUAUCCAGACUGUGCAGUUGAUCAAUUUCACUUGUGUCAAACCUUAAAUCAGUGAUAUAGUCUACAUAUUCAGCAUAUACAACUUACUACCUAAGUAUUUAGGCUUUGCUCAGUGAAGGCUGAGGUAUGCUAAAGGUCUGUAACAGUAAUGUAAACACAGUGGGUCAGUCGCCUUAGUAAGACUGAAAAGAUAGAACACAUGCUGUCAUGUUUGUAGGAGGUCUCUGUUUCCCUCCCUCCCUCUUUCUCUCUUUCUUUCUGUGACUGAAUGUCUCUCUCUCUCUCUCUCUCUUUCACUCUGUGCGUGAGCGGGUGUUACUGAACAUACAGUGAUUGUUAGUAAGAGUCAGCGAGGCAUCUGUAUUGUACCGGAGAUUCAUUUAAAGAGAGCUUUGCUGGGUCCACGUACAAAUCAAAGCAUAGAAGUUAUACAGGUCAGCUCACCUGAAGACUGAAGUCAUCUGAAGUCAGACAUGGACUGUCACAAUCAGGAGGACUGCAGUCGGCCCCAGGAGGAGGAGGACAUCAUGGACAUCCCUUUGGAUGACCCGGAGGCCAACAGGGCUGCUGCCAAGAUCCAGGCUGGCUUUCGUGGCCACAUGACCCGUAAGAAGAUGAAGCCGGAGGACAAAGCAGAAGGGGAGGAGGUGAGCAGCACUGGGGAUGUGCUCAACGGCAGCCAGGGGGACACAGAGACAGGAGGAUCGGGGGCAGUAGAGAGAGACGACACAUCUGUGCCAGAGCAGUGACGUCCCUGUCCUGACCUGGAUGAAGAGAAAGAAGGGAAGCGAGGUAGCGAGGGAUGGCUGGCAUAUGCCGGCUGGGCUGGCUUUUGGGCACACCUUUUUACCCCAGGAGUCAUUUUCUUUUUCAACACAAAUUAGCAGUAGAAAAUGAAGCGACAGUUUUGAGGGUGUGUGAUGUGAAUUUUGUAAACUUUAACACUCCUUCUCUGCUUCUCCAGCAGUACGGAUGUCUUUGACCCAGAAUUUGCAACUCACUGCAUGUACUUGUGAAACUUCUGCUAGUGUGCUAGUUUUUAGAUGAUGAUCUGUGAAUGUGAAAAUGAAUGUCCUCUAAAUGCUAAACAGGGCUUAUUUUGGAUGGAUCAGUUCAUACCAUCUGUGUAUAAACCUUGUUUGCAUCAGCAUUAGACUUUGCGUAAUUAGUGGCUUAAAUAAUUUGUUAUUUUGCUUUGUUUUCUGGUGUGCUUGUAUCUUGGCCAUUAUUUACCUAUUUGACUUGCUUACAAAAAUGAUUAAAAUGUUAAAAACAUCAAAAGAAAAGUAGCUAUGUAUGUUCUAUUCAUUCUAAGUCACUUAAUUCAGAUUCCAACUGCCUUGAUUAUAUUUUGAGCACAUGUUAAGUAAGUUCUCUUUUCACCUUUUCAGGCAUUUUCUAUAAAUCUGAUCUUCCAGAACAGUAAGCAUGCAGUAAUCACACUUUUCUUUCAGAUGCAUUUGGUACAGCUUUACCUUAUGAGACACUGGUUCAAUAUGCUCUGUUGUUGUGUUGGUGGGUUUGACUUGUUGAAUCACGUCUGUGAAAUUCCUUUGUCAGAGAUUGCCGAGCCUUCAUGCUUUAACACUAACUGAAUCGUACACUGCUGAACUUUGCUGUAGAGUCUUGGCAUUACAAUAAUACAAUAAAUCCACCUUAAA